AUGGGCCCUCCCAAUUCCUUGCAAGACCUUGGCGGUGACAUUGCAGCAGCAGCCCGGAGCCUGGCCGACGCGGCGGAAGCCGGCCUCAUACCCCCUGACCAGGAACUGCUCCCUCAUCUUGCGCGUCUGGCCGGCAAGCCGGCGGCCGAGAGGAACCUGUCCCGCGCGCUGGCCGCCCUGGGGCACCGAUCCCAGGAGGCCGACCAAGAGGUCAACAGGGCGGUGCUCGAACAUGCCCGAGGCCUCGUCCUGUCGGAUGACGCCGACGUCGCGGCCCCCGCGAUGCGGGCACUGGCUGGGCUUUCCCUCAACGUGCGCUCCAAUCCGCUGCCCUUCAAUAUGGGCAUCCUGAGAAGCAUGCAAACGCUGGCCCAGCGAUCGCAGUCCGCCAAGCAUCUCAGCAGCCCGGUGGCCUUUGCCCUGGCGCAUCUUGCCCAGGAUGAGCUCUUCUGCCUUGGCUUCUGGCAGGGCAUGCUUGAAUGUGCCGAGGCCGUCGUCCGAUGGGGCGAUCUCCAGCCCGGUGACUGUGCAUGGCUUGCUCUCGGCCUGUCGGCCGUGGCAUCGGGCGGCCCGCCCCGCAACCAAGAUCCCAUGGACUUCGUGUGGGACCUGCUUGUCAUCCUCUCUGCGGUGCUCGACGCCAGCCCGCAGCGGGGCCCGGGCCUCGACAUGGUCGAGGUCGCGCGCCACACCGGCCGCGCCCUGCGCCACCUGGUGUCCCUCGCCGCCGACCAGCGCCCUCCAAACCUCAAUGGGGCGCUGCUUCGUGCAAUCCUUCGAGUCAAGGGUCUCGCCCCGGGCGACUUGGAGCUGCAGGAAUCCGUGGCAUUCGUUCUUGGCAACUUGUCCGGCUCCGCACUGCCCAACAGCCGCCAGGUGCGCGGCAUGUUGCUUCAGUCCUCCCUGGACCUCGGCCGACGCAUGGCCGGGGUGCCCUCCAUCGAGGUCCAGGUCCUUCGAUGUGCUGUCGGCCUGGCGCGAAGCUCGCGUCAAAAUAGCCCCCGGGUCAAUUGGAUCCUCCUGCGGCAAAUGCUGGCCGCGGCCCGGCACCACGCCGACAGUGAGCAAGUGCCCAGCCUCAUCCUGUUCGGCCUUGGCCAGUUGGCUUGGAAUGCGCGAGGCAACAGCGCGCGUAUGAACCGCAUGAUCGUGCAGCUGCUCUUGCGACUCGCACACCGGCCCCCCGCCGGAGAGCACUUGCACCGGCUUCGGACAACCGUCUUCGCGCAUUUGACCCUCAGCUACCUCGCCAACCGACGGUCCCUCAAUGCCAUGCUCUUGCGGCAGCUUUCCCUGGCAAUCGCCCGUGCACCGGAUGACGUCCAAGUCCAGCAGCGCGCCAUCACAGGCUUGGCCAAUCUCUGCGGCGCCGCCACGCGGAAUUGCCCUCGCAGCAAUAUGGCCCUCCUCCAGGCUCUCAGCCUGCAGCAGGCCCACCACAGCCCGCACUUCCACUCGCGCCGGGCCUUCGGACUGAUGCUGCUCGCUGACAACGCAGCAGCCAACUCCCGGCGACUGAAUGGGCUGCUGGCCCAGCACCUGGUGGCCUUGGCCACUGGACCCACCAUCACCGCCGAGGCCCUGGGAUAUGUCUUGCGCGGCAUGGCGUGCCUGGCCUACAAUGCCGGAAGCAACCCCCCGGCUCUCAACGGCCAGCUUGCACAGGCUCUGAACUCCAUGAUGGGCUUCUUCUCCGCGGACGCCGCAGCGCAGGCCGAACUGGCCGGCGCGCUGGAUGCUCUGGCGGCCCCCUGA